GCCUCAACAGGCUCAGCACUUAUUAGGCACCUCAUGUGUACAUGACUACAUGGCAGACAAACAAAGCCCGUGGUUGUUGCUCCCUUGGGGGAAUGUGCAUCUGAAAGAGGAGUCAGACCCCAGGAUGAUCAGAAUGGGUGGAAGAUGCCCCUAGAGAUGGUCAAGCAGGAGCCGAGUUCUGGUGCUUGGACGAAGUGAGACUGGGCGGUGAGCAAAUGCCACUUCCCUGGGCCACAGUAUUGGGUCCUGGGUCAUCCUGUGCUGGGUACCCUCAGGGGACACAGGCAACACCCAGGGACUCCCACAAGCCUCAGGCCGCAUUCUCAGCUUCCUGAGCUCCAGCUCUCAUCACUGACCUGGCCUGGGACUGGGGGCUGCGGAUGCUGAGCUGGGCUGUGGCAGGGCUGAGUGACACUCCCUGUCCUCCCCAGGAGCUCUUCAAGAAAGUGAUGCCCCAUGACUUCCUGGACUCCAUCUGGUCCCAGUGGGACAACAGGGCCAAUGAGCCCCUUGCACCCACUAUCCAUGCCACCAUGACCCACUUUAGCAGAGUGGUCAAAUGUGUCUUCACCACCUGCCUCGGGGACCCGAGCAUGACGGCCCAGGACAGGGCCAGGGUGGUGGAGCUCUGCAUCCAGGUGGCCAAGGAGGAACUGUAAAAAAUUUAAAACCUUGUGCAGAAUGGACCAGCGGGAGAGGAGGAA